GACUCCAAAGAGCCCGACGCCCGCGAUCGCUUCAACUUUCGCAACAGUCGCAAUGGCGACUCGGAACUCGGCGACAGGUUCCGCGACUCGAGGAACAGCAACUUUCGCCGCCGCGGAGAAGGCGAUCAAGAUACCGAGGGCUGGAGCACCGUCAAGCCUCGCAAGAGUUUCGGCGCCGAAGGCGCUGAGCGCUUCCAUGGUCGCAUGGGAGGUGGCGACCGCUUCACGACCGAUCGCAAGCCCCGCGAGAGGGACGAUCACGAUGCUGCAAGGGACAGGCCGCGCCGUACGUUCGACAACCACGGCAAGGACGCCGAAGUCGAUGAUUCUCUCGAACCUCGCACCCGAAACGGCCUGAGCCGUGGCAAGUCGGACCCUUGGUUCAAGAAUGAGCCUGUCGAGAAGCCUCAGAUGACGGCACGUGAGCGCAUCGAUCGCGCCAAGAGCUGGAGGGACAAGAACCAGGAUGCCGAGCCCGCUCCCGAACCCCGGUCCACCGACCGGUCCACCGGCCGCAACCACGAUCGCCGCUGGGACCGCGACCAGCGCAACGAACGCGACCCCGAGUGGAUGGAUGAGCCUGCUGCCGACAAGCAUGAACGUCACACGGAGGAGGACUUUAAGAAGUUCAUGGAGAGCAUGAAAGGCCAAAAGGCCGCCGCCGCUGCCGCUGCCGCUGCCUCCGACAAGCCCGUCGCUGCGACUGCGUUGGAGGCCGCGAUCAAGGCCGAGCAGCCUGCUGUUGCGUCUGCGCCCGUCGAGACGGGCCCCGACAAGUUCUUCAUGGCUUUCGCUUCCACUGGAGGCCUGGACCCGCCCAGCGAACAGAAAGAGGCCACGCCCAAGCCCAGUAGGGCUGGCGGUGGCAAAUCCUCUCGCUUUACUUCCUUCUUCAGCGCGCCGCACGAGGACGCGAGCGCCCGCCACCAACCGGAGCCUCCUGCACCCGCCCCAGGCCUGCCCAUCAUGGGCGGCAACGCCAUCAUGAGUGCCGGCACCCCGAAUGCGGAGAAGGAGGCAUUCGCCGUGCUGCUGCAGAAGCUUCAACGCUCCAACGUGAAUGAGGGCUCGACACCGCCGGCCGCCCAGCUCUUCCAGAAGCCCCCUCACGAGCCAUCGCCCGGAGGCCCGAUUCAGUCUCCCAACCCCUUCCAACAAUACGGACCUCCUGAACAUCGCGAAGACCCGCGUAUCCGUCACCAGCAUCCCAUGCCGCCACAGGACGUUCCCGCCCCUCGACCCAUGUUGGCCACCCAGCAGUCGGCGAGCCACCAGGACAAGAUGCUGCAGGAUCUUCUCGCCCAGCGCCAGCUUGCCUCCAGCCAAGGAUCUGGUAGGGCUGAGGGCGCCCCCCAUCCUCAGAUGCGGAACAACAGCAACGCCGAGUUUUUGAUGAAUCUCAUGAGAGCGCAGCCCGAGCCUGUCCGAACCGAACAGAUGCUCAUGCGCAUGCACCAGCAGCCGCAACCCCAGGGUCAGCGGAACGCCUCCAUCUCGCACCUCCAAGAUCGCGAGCCCAGCUUCUCCCCAGGCGGCGGCGCCCGCGAGUCGCGGUCCAUGCGAGGUCCUCCUCCCGGCUUCAUGGAAGAGGGCUUCCACCACGAGCCCGAGGGUCGCCCGCAGCCCACGCAGAUCUUGCAGCGUCCUCCGCCGCCUCCUGGGCUCGACCAGAUGAACCCCAACUGGAUGCAGCAGGGUGGCCCGAUGCCCCCUCAGCAACGUAACAUGGGUCCUCCCCCUGGCCUCGUAGGCGGCCCUGGUGGUCCUGGCGGUCCUGGCGGCCCAGGCGGACCAGUCGGCCCUGGCCGCAACCACCCCAUGGCAGGCAUGUUCCCUCCGGGUCCCAACUUCCCACCGGGCGGCUUCCCCCCACCUGAGAGCAUGGCUGGUCCGCCUCCGCGCAACAUGCAGCCUCCUCCAGGAUUUUUCGGAGGCCCCCCGCCCCCCGGCUUCAUGCCGCCCCCCGGUAUGGGGGUACCCGGUUUCCAGGGCCCCGGACUCGAGGGUCACGGAUUCCCCUUUGACGGGCGCGGCUUGCCUCCCCCUGGCGCCGCCCAAGCCUUCCGCAGGCAGUAA